UUGUGCACAGCCUGCGCGCUGCCGCUGAUCUACAAGCAGUCCCACUUCACGAGGCGACAGGGAGAAUCCCAUCCAUAUACUUUACAGAUCGCUCCUCCAGCUGCGGGAAAUCCAGGCGAUUCCUCCCUAUCUCAGCAUCCUUCCUAACAGUAGGGGGAAAAAGAGGCUAAACACGCAAAAGUUUUCUUCUGACUACCAGGAAAAGGAGUCGACAUGGAUAAAAAGGAAGCGUUUGUGUGACUUAAUGCCAAAGAAGCUCUUCACCCGUUAAAAUGAUGAUAACAUAACCAGCAUUUUCGUAAUGUCUUUUUUAAUUUAUUUUUUGGGGGGCAUGAGAGGACGCGAAAACGUUAACUCUGGAAAAGUUUAAAAGCAGGGUCCGUCUAUGGCGCGAGAGAGCGAAGACGCCGGGAUGGCCAAAGCCUCAAAAGCCAAAAGGCAAAGGAAGAAGAAAACCAAAGAGAACAAAACCAGGACUGUCCACGCAAACAUACUCUACGACAACGCCAAAGGAGAGGAAAACCCAAACCGACACUAUGCAAACAACAAAAUUAAGACGACCAAGUACACUGUGCUGUCAUUCCUGCCAAAAAACUUGUUUGAACAGUUUCAUCGUUUUGCUAACGUCUACUUCGUCUUCAUCGCUUUGCUGAAUUUCGUCCCGAUUGUCAACACUUUUCAGCCAGAACUUGCUCUGACUCCUGUGAUUUUCAUCUUGUCUGUAACUGCCAUUAAAGACCUGUGGGAAGACUACAGGAGACACAGGUCGGAUAAAGAAAUCAAUCACAUGGAUUGUCUGGUCUACAGUAGAGUGGAGAAACGAUAUGUGGAGAAGUACUGGAAAGAGGUGAGGGUUGGAGACUUCAUCCGGCUGCGAUGUAAUGAGAUCCUCCCCGCCGACGUCCUGCUGCUGAGCUCCAGUGAUCCAGACCGCCUCUGCCACAUUGAGACCGCCACACUGGAUGGAGAGACCAACCUCAAGCAGAGGCAGGUGGUCCGCAGCUUCUUCGACUUGGACUGCGACUUCGACCCAUUAAAGUACAACAGCAUAAUUGAAUGUGAAAAACCCAACAAUGACCUGAACAGGUUCAGAGGCUACAUAAUCCAUCGAAGCGGCAGAAGAGAUGCACUUUACAAAGAAAACCUGCUGCUGCGAGGCUGCACCAUCCGCAACACAGAGGAGGCAGUUGGAAUAGUCAUUUACGCAGGUCAUGAGACCAAAGCCAUGCUGAAUAACAACGGCCCGCGUUACAAGCGCAGUAAGCUGGAGAGACAGAUGAAUGUAGAUGUGUUCUGGUGUGUCAUCAUCCUGCUGGUUAUGUGCCUGUUUGCUGCUGUUGGUCAUGGGCUGUGGCUGUUUCAGUAUGGCGAUAAGAGACCCGUGUUUGAUGUUCUUGGUCCAGAAGGGACAGAGUUAUCACCCAUCAUGUCGGCUAUUUAUCUUUUCCUCACUAUGAUCAUCGUCCUACAGGUGCUGAUACCCAUCUCCCUCUUUGUGUCAAUUGAAAUAGUCAAGAUCUGUCAGGUGUACUUCAUCCAUCAGGACAUGGAUCUGUACGACGAGGAGACGGACUCUCACCUCCAAUGCAGAGCACUUAAUAUCACAGAGGAUCUGGGCCAAAUGCAAUACAUCUUCUCUGACAAGACGGGCACGCUGACAGAAAACAAGAUGGUGUUCAGACGUUGCACCGUAGCAGGGGUGGAGUACUCCCAUGACGCCAACGCCAAAAGACUUGCAAUGUAUCAGGAAAUGGAUUCUGAGGAGGAGGAAUGUAUGUCACAUGGUGGCACCCUGCCCAGGCGGGACAGUGUGACCAGCCACCAAAGCACCCGUGUAGUGCUGCGUUCCCAGAGCACCAAGUCCCACCGCCGGACAGGCAGCAGAGCUGAAGCCAAGCGAGCCAGCAUCCUAUCUAAACACACGGCUUUCAGCAGCCCUAUGGAAAAAGAUAUCACCCCCGACCCUCAGCUCCUUGAUAAAGUCAACGAAUGCAGCAGUCAGAUGGACUUUAUACGCUUCCAUAGACAGCCCAUGUCACAGCUGCCCUCUGACCUCUCAGAUAUCAUUGACUUCUUUAUCGCUCUCACCAUCUGUAACACAGUGGUGGUGUCUUCCCCCAACCAGCCCAGACACAAGGUCCGGAUGAGGUUUGAGAUGAAGUCCCCAGUCAAGACCAUUGAAGACUUCAUCAAACGCUUCACCCCCAGCCGCCUAACCUCAGGCUCCAACAGCAGCAGCUCCUCCAGCCUUAACCGUUCCUCUAACAAAGGAUGCUCCAGCAUGCUUUCCUCACCUUCAGCAGAGAGCACACUCACCAAAUUGAACGAGGAGCAGCCCUCCGGAGGUCUGGAGCCCUCCUUUAGUCCCGUCCCACCCUGCUACGAUGGGAAGACUUCCUGGAACCUUGAGGAAGGAGAGCUGCGCUACGAGGCUGAGUCACCCGACGAAGCAGCUUUGGUCUAUGCUGCCAGAGCCUACAAGUGCUCCCUUGUUGGGCGCCUCCCUGACCAGGUGACCGUGGAGCUGCCUCACUUGGGGAAACUAAGCUUUGAGCUGCUGCACACACUGGGCUUUGAUUCCACCAGGAAGCGCAUGUCUGUGGUGGUGAGGCACCCUCUUACGGAUCAGAUCACUGUCUAUACAAAAGGAGCAGAUUCUGUCAUCAUGGAUCUCAUCAAACCCCCUGAUGCAGGCAGCUCUAAAGGGAAACGCCAGAAAAAGAUUGUCUGCAGGACCCAGAACUACCUAAACCUGUAUGCUGCAGAUGGCCUCCGCACGCUGUGCAUUGCAAAAAAGAUUCUGAGCAAAGAGGAAUACGCCUGCUGGCUGCAGCGGCACUUAGAGGCGGAGACAGCCAUUCAGGGAAGAGAGGAGCUGCUGUUUCAGUCAGCCUUAAGGUUGGAGACAAACCUCCACCUUUUAGGAGCGACCGGCAUCGAAGACCGGCUGCAAGAUGGCGUUCCAGAAACCAUAGCAUCAUUGCGGAACGCCGGUUUACAGAUAUGGGUGCUGACAGGCGACAAACAGGAAACUGCGGUCAACAUCGCGUACGCCUGCAAGCUGCUGGACCCUGACGAGGAGAUCCUAACGCUCAACGCCGACUCUCAUGAGGCGUGUGCAUUGUUGCUGGAGGAGAGCUCACACUACAUCCAGGCCAAAUUCCUCUGCAGCUCCGGAGACCCUUCUGCUAACACUAGCUUGGCACCCUUUGAGAUCUAUCCUUCCUCAUCUCCGUCCUCUUCAUCCUCCCUUACCUCGCCCCUCUUGGUGCACCGGCUGGGCUUGGUAAUUGAUGGUCGGACCUUGGCUUACGCUCUGGAUAAAAACUUGGAGGAUAAGUUUCUAGCCAUUGCCCGAAGCUGCCGCUCUGUACUGUGCUGCCGCUCCACACCACUGCAGAAGAGCAUGGUGGUCAAACUGGUGCGGAACAAGCUGAAAGUCAUGACUCUGGCCAUAGGUGACGGGGCCAACGACGUCAGCAUGAUCCAGGUAGCAGACGUUGGUGUGGGGAUUUCGGGACAGGAGGGCAUGCAGGCGGUGAUGGCGAGCGACUUUGCUCUCCCACGUUUCCGGUAUCUCCAGAAGCUCCUACUGGUCCACGGACACUGGUGUUACUCUCGACUGGCAAACAUGAUCCUGUAUUUUUUCUACAAAAAUGCUAUGUUUGUGGCCCUCAUCUUCUGGUAUCAGUUCUACUGUGGGUUCUCUGGUUCUGCCAUGAUUGACCAGUGGUAUCUCAUCUUCUUCAACCUGAUGUUCUCUGCCUUCCCACAACUCAUCACUGGCACUCUGGACAAAGACGUGUCCGAAGAGACUCUUCAGCAACUACCUCAGCUUUACGUCAACGGCCAGAACUCUGAGGAAUAUAAGCCAUAUAUGUUCUGGAUGAACAUGAUCGAUUCCUUUUACCAAAGCCUGGUCUGCUUCUUCAUUCCUUACUUUGCCUACGCUGACUCAGACGUGGAUCUGUUUACAUGGGGAACUCCCAUCACCACCAUCGCUUUAUUCACCAUUCUGGUGCAUUUGGGUGUUGAGACCAAAACAUGGACCUGGAUUAACUGGCUGUCUAUAGCCUUCAGUAUAGGCUUAUUCUUCAGUGUGGGUCUGUUGUACAACUCCUCCUGUCCCACCUGCUACUCCCCGUCCAACCCAUACUGGACCAUGCAGAGGCUGCUGCAGGACCCUCUCUUCUACUUGCUGUGCACCAUCACACCUGUAGCUGCCCUGCUGCCCCGAUAUUUUUACAGGGCGUGCCAGGGCACAAUGUUUCCAAACCCAGUGCAAGUGGGAAGGCAGUUGGAUAAACUCCCCGCCGACACCCGCAGGAACAUCCUCAGCCUGAGCAGAGUCAAGAUGGGGUCACCGAUCAGCCCCAAGCCUGCCUUCUUGUCCCUCACCAAGAUCUCACCCGAAGGUUGCAAUAAAACAGACCAGAGGAGCAUCCCUGGCUGCAAGGCAUCACCAGCCAAACAGGAUCUGGCCUUACAAACAGAUGAAGAGAAGGGCAGAAGAAGCCCGCCGGCACCCACACACAGUCCAAAGUGCCUCUCAGAUCUCCACACGUUAGCUAUUACAGAAUCAGACACUCUUCCCUACGCCAAAGACGCUCCCACGCUCUCAGGAGAGCUGCAGCCUCCUCCUGCCAAAGACUCAGAGUGCCUUAAUAAGACUUUAGAGUUGUCAGAGCUGAGUCUGACCAGCUGGACCACCUCCACACCUCUUACCGCACAGAUAGACGGCAUCCUGCUGAACUUGCCCCCUGACGGAGCAUCGCAGUAUGUCAAAUUUACAAGGAGCUCAGAGGAAGGACUCAAAUCUGAGAACGUGGUUCAGCCAGCACACAAGACUGAGCAAGAUGCAGAGAAGUCGCUGCACACCGCUUUGUGAUGUCUUAAAGUAUGCUACUCGUACUCCAAUUUGCACGAUAGUUUUUCCAUUUUUAUCUAAUUUUAUUGUAUUUUUCAAGGAGAUUAUUUUAUAAAUAUGCAAAAAGGUACUUUAUAUUUUUGACAUGAAGCUAAAGUAAAAAUAUUUUUGACAUUUGGGAAAUGGAAGAACUGGAAUAUCUCUCUCUCUCUUUUUGUGUUUCUCUUUUUGGGAAAUUUAGAUUCCACAAAGAUGCAUCUCAGUACUUGGAUCAGGUUUAAUUUAAAGCUGACCAGAGAAGAGACAUUCCACUGCUAAGUAAUUUGGGAGUUUGUUUUCUCUCUGAUAUAUUUGUUCUUUUAGCUCAGCCUGUAAGGGGCAUUAAGGCCUGGGUCAAGACACCCCCGUGGCCUCAAAUCACUGCUGGUUUUACUCCCACCAAGAGAAGUUUUCUGUUUUCAGCGCAAGGACUUCUGUGCAGAUUAUCCUGAAGUUUAAACGGCCAUGCAGAUGAUCGUGGUAUUGUCUCAGCAGUCUUGUUGGCCUUGUUGCUGGAUCACAUUUGUUUUACUCUGUUUUAAUCAUUACAUUCCACUGAAUGUUUGUCUGAGUUGUUAACUUUACACAGAAUAAUGACGUUUUCAUUUCUGUCUUUUUGCGCUUGAGGUCUACCAGGAAUCUUGCUUUGUUUGUGUGUGUUUGUGUCUGUGGACAAACUUUAGUUUUAUGGUUGUUGGAGUGUUAAAACUGGGUUUUAAAGGUGAUGGUUACUACUGGAGCUGUUAUGCAUUAUGUCUAAUAUCCUCUCAAAUGUGUAAAGAGGUUUGUCAGUGUGUGUAUUGAUUUGCUGGAUCUUAUUUUUUUAGCAAUGUUGAGUUUUACAUUAUAAAUUGAAAUAUUAUUGGGCAUUUAUCAUCAGUCUUACCAAGAACUGAGAUAACCAGAUCAACACAGUUGACAUCCCUGUAUCAGACUGGAAUUGGACAAAUCCAAGUCUUUAAAAUGUCCAAAAUCUCAAAAUUUCAUUAAAUAUUGUAUCGCUU